AUGAAGGCAGAUUCGCACCCUCCUGUGCUUGAACGUUGCAGCAAGUCAUUCAACCGCGUGCAUGCCGACCUUAUCCCCUUGGACGGUAUCUCCCUUGGUGGAUCUAAGUAUAUGUUACUACUGGUUGAUGAUUACACUCACUAUGCAUGGUGUUACUUUGCCUCAAGCAAGAAUGUUCCUGCAAUUACGCCUCUCCUACAAGGAUUCAUAAACUUGGUCCUAACUCAAUUCAAUGCUGUAAUCAAGUCAUGGCGAACUAAUGGCGGUACCGGUGAAUUCAUAAAUAGCAUGGUCAAAGAAAUAAAUCACCAAUACGGAAUACUUCACCAAAUCUCUACAUCUGGUGUCAAGCAACAGAAUGGUGUACUGGAACGACGAGUUCAGACAAUCAAGAAUAUGGAACGCUCUAUGAGAGCUGGUGCUGGUGUCCUAGAUGACUACCGACUACAAGCUGAGUCCCUGGCCACCUCGGAGCACUGCAGCUCGAGCUCUGAUCCUCGCUACAGGCCAGCCAUGAUAGUAGGCUAUAUACAAGACUCAAAGUCUAUUUAUAAAUGUCUUGAUCUUCAUACUCUGCAAACAAGCAAUCAUUCUGAAAUCAAGUUUGAUGAAGACCUUUUCCCUGGUCCAUGGCUCAAACGCCCUGCCGGUUUUAAACUAUCUAUUGCACAUAAAAAAAAUCCGCCUGGUUCAGCGGUCGAUACUGUACUUGGUCAGUCAGUACUGGGAGCGCUUCCCAAUAUAUCAAGCGUACCAUUUUCCUCGAUGAACCCCUUCUGGCUGCAGCAAUCCCAACCACCUGCAGAUCCUGUGAACCCAGAAGAUCCUGCAAAGCCAGUAGAUCCUAUGGAACUAGCAGAUGUAGCCCAAAGGGCAUUGGACUCCCCCCAGUCCCUGGCACUCCGAAUGGACAGCCAGCCCAUCUACAACCCACGAGGAAGCGUUGUAUUUGGCACCUGCAUCAAAAUCCAUGAGCACGAUACUACAAGGGAGCUUAUGGAAGCCGCUUUGAUCGUGCAAGGCAUGGAGUCGCUCUCCUGCCCACCCUGGCAAACAGCAGAGAGGAUCCAAACAGACCACAAUGGAGAUCCUCUCUCCUAUUCAGAUGCCUUGCUCCAGGAUCCGAUUAGGUGGCCACCAGCAGUGCAAGAAGAACUGAAAUCUCAUGAAGAGAAUAGAACUUGGAUAGUUCAAGAGAUCAGUCAGAUGCCAAAAGGGUGUAAGCCGAUCCCCAGCAAGUGGGUAUUCAAGCGUAAACUGAGUCCUGAUGAAGGCAUUCGCUAUAAGGCACGAUUAGUGAUUAAGGAAUUCCUCCAACACUUUGGAGUAGACUUCAUGGAAACUUAUACCCCAACUGCCUCAUUAGCUGCAUUCUGA